CCAUGGCGCACAAGACCUUCCUUGAGCGCGAACCGUACACGGCGCCUACGUGGGCCACGGAGCUCGCGAACGCGCCCAAGGAGCGCGUCGUUCUCGGCAACUUUCCGACGCCCAUCUACCCGUUCCGGCCGCCGGGACUGCCCGCGGACGUGACCAUGUAUAUCAAGCGCGAUGACUACAGCGGCCUCGAGAUCUCGGGCAACAAGGCUCGAAAGCUUGAGUUUUUGCUAGCGGAGGCGCUCGCGCAAGGUGCGGACUGUGUCGUUACGUGCGGCGGAAUCCAAAGCAACCAUUGCCGCGCGACUGCUGUCGCUGCCCGCAUGCUUGGCUUGGAUGCUACGAUCAUCUUGCGCGCGGACGAUCCAACGGCGGACCCCGGCCUCGUCGGCAACCUUCUCAUUGAUCGUCUUGUGGGUGCCGAGCUUCUCAUGGUGUCGCGGAGCGAUUAUGCGAAGCAUGGCGGUGGCGAUUACUUCAUCGAGGUAUGCGUUUUACGUGCUCUUGCCUCACCUUGUGGAUUGAAAACGUGCGAGCGCCUCCGCGCGCAGGGCCGCAAGCCGUACGGGAUCCCUGUCGGUGGCAGCAACGGUGUCGGGACGUGGGGCUACAUCGAAAGCAUUGAAGAGAUGGAGCACCAGAUCCAGCACUUGAAACUUGGCGUGACGGACGUAGCGUUUGCCUGCGGGAGCGGUGGGUCCGCAGCCGGUAUUGGUGCUGGCGCGUUCCUCUACGCCAAGCAUCACCCGUCGAGCGCACUGCAGUUCCACACCAAGCCCCCGGUCCAUUCGUACAUUGUGUGUGACUCGCCCACGUACUUUUACGAUUACAUCGACACCAAGAUUCUGCCGCACAUGGGCCUCGCUUCGGGCUCGUUCGGAUCGCGCGACUUUCUCCAAAUGACGAACGCGAUGGGUGUCGGGUAUGCGCUCAGCACGCAGGACGAGCUUGCAUACAUCUCGCGCGUCGCCCGUGACACGGGUGUGCUCUUGGAUCCGGUGUAUUCGGGCAAGGCCCUCUACUUGCUCGUGAAGGAUCUCCAGUCGCACCCCGAGAAAUUCGCGGGCAAAACCAUCUUGUUUGUGCACACGGGGGGCAUGUUCGGCCUCUUCGACAAGGCCUCCGAGCUCGAUGCGGCAGCCAUUGGCACUCCGUCGCUCUUCCAGUUUGACGCGUAAGCAG